AUGAGUUCUGAAUCAAAUAUUACGGACGUCAGAGACCUUCCUGAUUUUAUGAUUAUUGCACCAUCUGGAUUAAUUUCCGGUUUUAUAAAUUGCAUUUGCUUGAUUUACCUUAUUGUCAGGUUGUUGAUACGAUGGUGGGUAACUAAGAGAUCCUUACCAAUGGUUCAUAGGGUGCCAUUUUAUAUAACAUUGAGUGUGAAUAUGGGAUACACAACUCUUAAUGGUCAUCCAAUUCAAGGAGAUGUAUGUAAAGCAGUUGGCGGAAUAGCAUUUUUCAUUGUCUCAUCUAAUGUGACCUUAGUUGGAUCAUUGUCUUUAAUGACUUACUUGCGA